AUGAAGGCUUAGAGAAACAUCAAAUGAUUUCUUUAGUCCUCAGCAAGAUUGAACCUCUACCAGUCAAUGUUAUGGAUAUAUUGAGUAACUGUCCUGCCACAAUAAAGCUAAUGAAGAGGUUGGUCAGACUGCAAUGCCGAGCGUAUCUGUGUCUCAACAACCUCGUCCAAGUGGUGGAACUAGAGAUGCUGGGAGGAGCUCAAAACCUCUAUGCUUUGUUUGGACAAAUCCUCUCUCAGGAAGUCUGUGUAAAUCCACUCUCUCCAGGUGUUGACAAUGAGCUAUUGGAAGCAGUCACUGCUGCCAUCAGAUCUAUAUUGUUGAGACUCGCAGCCGAAAAGUGCUCUGGUCUGGAAGUUGUAAAUGACGACGUUAUCCAGACAUUGUUCAAGAUUGGAACAUCCCCUGAGCCCCGAGUACAGGCUAAUAUCAUCAGGAGCACAGGAACUCUGGGAAUCAUCUUUAACAACGAGACUUUUCUGGUUAAGACUAUAGGGAACUACUUGAUGAAUUUUGUGGAGAACCAGAAAGCUUUGUGGUUGAUUGCUGAGGCACUCGAUGCUUUGUUGGAUCUCUUCGCGGAGGAUUGUACCGACGCGGCGGCCAUUGAGAUCAAGCUAGUUAUUCGGCUCGGAACGAUCUCACAUCGGUUCAAGGCUAAGGUUCGGCAGGAACGUAAGACCCUUGGUGAACAUCAUGCAAUCGUUUCAACAGUUAUGACAAACCUCAUACCAUUCAUCAAAUACAAGGAAGCCAAGAUGCCUAGAUGAAGUAAACCUCUUAUCAUUCAAUGUAAACAAACAUUAUAUGUAUACUUUGUGUAUAUAAGAUAUUAUACAGAUUU